UAAUCAUACAUAUGUGAAAACUAUUGCACAAACACAUCCAAAAGCAAAAAUUGUAACAAGUAUCGACAUAAGCUUUUCUCCACCUCCAUCAAAUAGUUCUUUACCAAAACGUAUAGCAAUUGGAAUGCUCUUAAUAAUAUAUCCAACCACUGUUAUAUAA